GUAUUAGUGUGUACGUGUACCUCUUUGAAUGUGUGUCAAAUAACCCAUAUGUUCAUCUCUGACAUGUGGUUUGAAUCUUUUUAUUUUUUAAAUAUUAUGAUACUUGUUUAAAUAAACUCCUGUAUUUUAAAACUACAUUUUAUUCUUGUUAAUUUAUUACUUAAAGACUGAAAAGUGUUAGAAUAAUGGCGCCACCAACAAAAAGUACUAAAACAGCAACAAAGGGAGCAAAACAAAUAGUCGAAGAAAAUGUUUCGACGUUAAAAUUUUACAUGUGUAUGAUUGGUAUAGCAGUAGGAACUUAUUUAACAAUUAUGAUGCUAUUUUUUGAAUUUACAACAUUAGCAAUAACACUUAGUCUAUUAUCUGGAAUUGUAUAUAUAGGAUGUUAUCAUUUUAUGUCUUAUAUGGCUCAAGCCAAAUAUUCGGAAACAGGACAAUUAAUUGACUCUGGAGUUGAUUUAAACAUGGAGGGAGGAAUUGCAGAACAUGUGAAAGACAUGAUUAUCCUUACUUCAAUUGUACAAGUACUCUCCCUUGUUUCAAAUUACUUUUGGCUGCUUUUAACAUUGGCACCACUUCGAGGAUUGUGGAUGCUUUGGAUAAAUAUCAUAUCCCCGUGGAUUUUUGCUGCACCUCAAGCACCAACGGAAAUGGACGAGAAAAAACAAAGAAAACUUGAAAGGAAAAUGGCAAGAAGACACUAAAAUAAAAGUAACUCACGGGCAGGUAUUAAAUGAAUUUUUUUUAUUUUUAUUACUUCUUUUUAUCUUUUACUGGUGAUAUAAAAAUCUACAAAAUAAAUGCAUUUUUUUUAUUGCA